GUUUUAAUGUUUACAUUCGAGGCGGGUGAGGGGAUUCCUUUGCCAGACGGGGGCCCGUUUCGGUUUCAUUUCCCGGGAGGAGGAGGCGGAGAGGGGACGGCCGGCGGGCCUCAUGCUGCGCUCCAACCACUGACAGGGGAGACCGAGGCCUGGAGGGACCGCCUUAUCCACCGCCAGUGACCAGGGCAUCGCGCCGAGCAACAUGGAGGAGCUGGUGGUGGAGGUGCGGGGCUCCAAUGGAGCCUUCUACAAGGCAUUUGUAAAAGAUGUUCAUGAGGAUUCCAUAACGGUUACUUUUGAGAAUAACUGGCAACCAGAGAGACAGAUACCAUUCCACGAUGUAAGGUUUCCGCCACCUUCAGGUUAUAAUAAGGACAUAAAUGAAAGUGAUGAAGUCGAGGUUUAUUCCAGAGCAAAUGAAAAAGAGCCAUGCUGCUGGUGGCUUGCUAAAGUUAGAAUGAUAAAGGGUGAGUUUUACGUUAUAGAAUAUGCAGCUUGUGAUGCUACGUAUAAUGAGAUUGUCACCAUAGAAAGAUUGCGAGCUGUUAACCCUAACAAGCCAGCAACAAAAAAUACCUUUCAUAAGGUUAAGUUGGAAGUACCUGAAGAUUUGCGGCAAAUGUGUGCAAAAGAAUCUGCCCAUAAAGAUUUCAAAAAAGCAGUUGGCGCGUUUUCAGUAACCUAUGAUUCAGAAAACUGCCAGCUUGUCAUCUUGUCUGUCAAUGAAGUUACAAUCAGAAGGGCGAAUAUGUUAAGUGAUAUGCAUUUCCGGAGUCUGCGGACCAAAUUGUCUUUGAUGUUGAGAAAUGAAGAAGCCAGCAAGCAACUCGAAAGCUCACGGCAGCUAGCAUCCAGAUUUCAUGAGCAGUUUGUUGUACGAGAAGACCUGAUGGGAUUAGCCAUUGGCACUCACGGGGCAAAUAUACAACAAGCGCGGAAGGUUCCUGGCGUUACGGCUAUCGAUUUGGAUGAAGACACUUGUACAUUUCAUAUUUAUGGGGAGGACCAAGAUGCUGUAAAGAAAGCCAGGACCUACCUUGAGUUUGCAGAAGAUGUGUUACAAGUUCCCCGAAAUUUAGUAGGAAAAGUCAUUGGGAAAAAUGGGAAACUCAUUCAGGAAAUAGUGGAUAAAUCAGGAGUUGUUCGAGUUAGGAUUGAAGCUGAAAAUGAUAAAAAUAUGUCCCAAGAUGAGGGAAUGGUUCCGUUUGUAUUUGUUGGCACGAAGGACAGCAUUACUAAUGCAACAGUUCUACUGGACUACCAUCUAAACUAUUUAAAGGAAGUGGACCAACUCCGUCUGGAGCGGCUGCAAAUUGAUGAGCAACUUCGACAAAUUGGAGCUAGUUCAAGGCCUCCAGCAAAUCGUCCUGACAAAGAGAAGGGUUAUUUGAGUGAGGACUGCAGUGGCAUUGGACGGGGAGGCAGACCUUACAACAACAGAGGGCGGAGUAGGCGGGGCACAGGAUAUGCCUCUGGUACAAAUUCUGAAGCUUCAAAUGCUUCAGAGACUGAAUCUGACCACCGAGAUGAACUCAGCGAUUGGUCCUUAGCCCCUGCUGAAGAAGACCGAGAUAAUUAUAUUCGGAGAGGGGAUGGGAGAAGGCGUGGUGGAGCACGAGGUCAAGGACUAAGGGGGCGUGGGGGUUUCAAAGCAAAUGAUGACCAAUCUCGAACAGAUAACAGACAGCGCAAUUCAAGAGAACCUAAAGUAAGAACAGCAGAUGGCUCUCUUCAGAUUCGAAUUGACUGCAAUAACGAGAGAAGUGUACAUACUAGAAGUUUGCAGAACACACCCGUUGAAGGCAAUCGGCUUCGCACUGGCAAAGACCGUAUUCAGAAGAAAGAGAAGCCUGAGGCAGUGGAUGGGCAGCAGAUGGUGGUUAAUGGCGUACCGUAACUUUAAAUGUCCAGUCUCAAACCUACCCAGUCUAAAAUUCUAAAUGAUACAUCAUAUUUCACAUUAUAGAAGCCUGUUAGGCCAAAGACAAAUAGGCAAGAAGACACGGAGCAUGAAAGAAGGCGUUCCUGUUAGCCUUAUUUUGUUAGCAUUGGCUAUAAACAGUUUUCAAAAGUCAGACAUUGGAAACAUUUGCAUUAAAUAUCAAAACUUUUGAGGCUUUCAAGUACAUAUUGCACUUGACUUUAAAAAAAAGGUAUUUUUUGUUUAAAAGAGAAAAUAAAAGAAAAAAUACUAAGCUGUGUGUUGGUAUAAUUGUGUUCAGUUGCACUAUUUUCAGGCAGCUGAAUUAAAACAAUUUAAAAAAAAAUCACUGCUAUAUUUCAGUUUUCAGACUGACUGCAUUUAAUCAGCUGGGCUCAUGUUUUCAAUUAUGCAGUAUGUCCUAUGUAAUUUCCUCAUUUCUCACUCGUUUGACAAUAUAUUAGUUGGAGCUAAUAUUUGUGCAACGUUAAUGUCAUUUUUUCAUUUGGUAAAAAUCAAAAAAAGAAAAAAGUUGUAUGAUCUGUGCCUUUUUUAUAUCUUGACAGAUAUGGCUAGUGUGUGGGUGCAGGAAUCUGUGGAGAAGAGCUGAAACUAUUAAGUGUAAAAUAUAUGUAGCAAAUCUUAGAACUUUUAAGCAGAGUGCAUGCUUUAUAAUAUUUUACAUAUGUAAACAGAAGCCUCGGCUACAAAAAAAAAGUAGAAAUUUGGUUUUGCACUGAAUUAGAUAAUAAAUCAUGCCAGGGACACGAUGUCAUAAUAGGAAACCAUUUCUUUCUUUUUUUUUUCUUUUUUUAAGUUGUGAGCGAGAAAAAAAAUGAGAGCAUUGGGAAUUUUAUUUUUGUCUGAGAGCUGAAUGAGUACUACAAUUCGUUUGCAUCUAUUUUCUUUUUCACCUCCGUUUUCCGAAGGCAAUUUUGUUUGAACUUCCCAUGUGCAGGAAGAUAUAAUAGUUAUAGACUACGUACGUUCUUACACCCAUGUUGGCAUUGGAUUGAUUCCCUCUUUGUGAAGUAUAUGUUAUCCAGGAACAAGGACUAAUUACAUUUACUCUGUAGCUUUUGUCUGAUUGAUUUUAUGUAAUACUGUAACAAGUCACCUAAAAAGAAGAUUUCUCAUUGUCUUGUUAAAUAUGAAAUCUCGCCGCAUAAACUGUACAACAGCUUUGGCAUAUGGUCUACUUUUACAUUACUAAAAAGGGGGUUCCCUUUAUGUACAGAGACCUAAAAAUAAGCACUGCCUGUAAUGUUUUCUGUGGAUCCAAUUCUUAUUUGCUUCCUCUUGACAUUCCCUUGCAUAGAAAUAAAUAUAAAAAAAGAAAAAGUCAACAUGCUGCACACAAUUUUAACUGAUAAACAGAAGUCUUAAGAUUAUUGCCAAACACUAAUUUUGGUUUAUAGUUAUUUAUUUUGGGAAUGUAUAGUAUUUUGAAAACAACAAACAAAUUGGUACAUUGCACACCUCAUCUGUAUGCUGUUUUUUGAUUUAAAAUACUGUAGAUAUUUAACCAAGGUAGAGUUACCUUGUUAAUGCUCAUAGUGGGCAUUAUCCUCUGUACAUAUUAGCUAAAACAGAUUGGACUUUAUGUUGACAUUUGUUUGGUUAUAGUGCAAUAUAUUUUGUAUGCAAGCAGUUUCAAUAAAGUUUGAUCUUCCUCUGCUACCUGAAUUGGGCUAAAUAAUGGAACCUUAAAA